AAUUGCAAUUUGGGCGUCCUCCAUUUGCAGACAGAUGUAGACAUAACAAUUAGGUGGUCAUAUGGGGAUUGCAAUAAGGCAAAUGUUUAAAAGCCAAGACAGGAUGUAGGAGGUCGUAUUUUGCACCAGGAAUUUGGAAAUGAGACGCCGUGAGAACUUUCCUUGCCCACAUCUUGCAGUCUGGGGGCUACAGUGAAGCGCAUCUUUAAAAAGAACACAAUACUGUUAAAAAAGCGUGUUUACAAAAAAAGAAAAGAAAAUACCGAUACGAGAAUAGAUAAGAAAAAACAAAACACAAAGCAAGGAGAUGACCCUCCCUGGGGAAGGCCCGGUGGCGCUGCUACUGCUGCUGGCCCUGUUGCCCUGCGUAGAGACUCUGAAGCCGCCCCCCUCCGGCUUCAGUGAGGUUCUGAAAGCAAGUGAGCUGGAGCCCAACAAAUCUGGGAUUUUAAAUAAUUUGACUGACAACAUAAUCCAGAGCCUAGAGGAGACUGGGCAGGGAGAAACGGCCCCAGAGACGACAGUAGUGCCUCCGCCAGCCAAGCUGUGCCCCGGGAAUCAGGUCCUGCGGGGAGGAGAGCAGAGCUGCGGAUGCCCUGAAGGCCUGGUCCUCCAGGGAGAGAACUGCACCUGCAGGUCCGGCUUUAUACUGCAGGGGGAGACACUGCACUGUCAGGACACUGAUGAGUGUGAAGGAGGUGUAGAGGCCUGCGGAGCCCAUGCCAGCUGCACCAACACUGUGGGCUCCUUCCUGUGCCGCUGCCAGCGAGGUUUCCUCAUGGGACCAGCCGGCUGUGAGGACGUGGAUGAGUGUCAGCUGGCGCAGGUGACAGGUCUGCAGGCCUGCUCGGAGCACGCUGUCUGUCAGAACACGCCCGGCUCCUUCUCCUGCGCUUGUGACGAGGGCUUCGUUCUGGCGCUGGAUGGCAAGAACUGCGUGGAUGUGGACGAGUGCACGUUCGAGGAGCAGUGCCGGAGGGAGCUGGGGAACAUCUGCGUCAACACACUGGGCAGCUACGCCUGCAGCUGUCAGACCGGCUUCCGGGCUCACCAACUCGCCUGCGUGGAUGUGGAUGAGUGCACGGAGAACCCUGAUAUCUGUGCAGGGCAGGGGGUGUGCCAGAAUUCCCUGGGGAGUUUUCACUGCGUUUGUCCGCUGGGUUACCGUGGGAACGGCACUCACUGUGAAGAUGAUAACGAGUGUGCGUCGGGGAAGCAUGGCUGCGACACGAACGCUCGAUGUGGCAACAUCAUCGGCUCAUACUUCUGCCAGUGCUACCAGGGCUUCAGCGGGGACGGGCACUCCUGCUUCGAUGUGGACGAGUGCUCCCUGAACAAUGGGGAAUGCCAGCACAGCUGCACCAACGAGGCCGGGGGCUACCAGUGCCACUGCCGGGAGGGGUACAGACUGGAGGAGAACCGCAGGAACUGCACAGAUGUGAAUGAGUGUGUGGUUCUGAAUGGCACGUGUAGUCAGAUCUGUUCCAACACUGAGGGCUCCUACCUGUGCUCCUGCCGACCUGGAUUCCAGCUACAUGUGGACCAGCGCCAAUGUGUGGACAUCGACGAAUGUAAGCUGCAGAAUGGAGGCUGCUCUCACGGCUGCUCCAACACGCUGGGGGGCCACAACUGUGAGUGUCCAGGGCCCCUAGUGCUAGACCUGGACAACAAGACCUGCGUCAACAUCACUUCCUGCUCGCUGCGGAACGGAGGCUGUGAUCAGGUCUGUACCGAGCGCACAGAGGGGGUCGUGGAAUGCAGCUGCAGGGCAGGCUGGGAACUGAGUGCCAACCACAGGGCCUGUCAGGAUAUUGACGAGUGUGCUGAUUUCACGCGCGGCGGCUGUGAGCAGAUCUGUGAGAACCACCCCGGGAGCUUCAACUGCAGCUGCAGUAUGGGCUACAAGGGGCGCACUGAUGACAGGACCCGGUGCCAGCCUGUGUGUCAGCCCCCCUGUCAGAACUACGGGGUGUGUGUCUCCCCCAACACCUGCCACUGUCCACCAGGGUAUCCCGGACCAGGCUGCUCUGCCAUGUGCUCCCCGCCCUGCGCUCACGGAGGAACCUGUAUGCGGUGGAACACCUGCCUGUGCCCUCCUGGCUGGACUGGUCCCAGCUGUCACACAGCGGUGUGUGAGCUGCCAUGCUCCAAUGGGGGGCGCUGUAUUGCUCCAGAGACCUGUCAGUGUUCAUCGGACUACAGCGGCCCGCAGUGCCUGACACCGACCUGCACUCCUGCCUGUCUGAACGGAGGACGCUGUAUCGAUGUCAACAAGUGCAUCUGUCCCAAAGGGUGGCAGGGAGCACGCUGCCAGAUAGAGCCGGUCCUGUGUGAGAAGGAGUGUAAGAACAGAGGUGUGUGCGUGGGGCACAGCCGGUGCAAGUGUGCGAGUGGAUUCACGGGGGACCUGUGUGAAACAGCGUUGAUCGAGCCCUGUAUCCCCCCCUGUCAGCACGGCGCCACCUGCACCCAGUUCAACACGUGCAAGUGUCCCGCGGGAACCGCUGGACAGCGGUGCGAGAGACUGACCUGCCCAAUCAUAACAACAACGGUCAGCAUGACCCGAGCAGUCAGGCAGGGUGUCCGGGAGAGCUAUGUGGACCGCUGUGGACCCCUGGGAGUGCAUCUGUGCACCAAGUACAGAAUCAAUCAAGCUCGUGUGUAUGUGCAGGCGUACAAGGUGGGCUACAAGAUCCACUGUCCACAGAAAGAGAAAUGAUGAACCCCAGCCCUGGAGAGACCACCAGCAAAGGAGCCCAACAGACCAGCUUCAGACAGACUGGGACCCCCAUCACAGCACAGACACUCCCACUGACAACACAGUGAGACAGGCCUCUGUUCUACAGCACAGUACAAUGAGGCACCUCGCUGCGCAGCUUACUCAGUCUAUAAAACAGAAGAACAUUUACAAACAAGAGGAGGCCAUUCAGCCCAUCAGUGCUCAUCCGGCUCCUAGUAGCUGACUGAUCUCAAAAUUUUAUCGGGUUUUAUAGGAUCUUUUACCCUCACUGCUCUCUGCGUAAACAAGUUUGUCUCUCCCCUCUGUCCUAUUUCUUUCGGCACCUAAUUUCCUCUGGUCUUGGUUUCUGUUCUGUGCUUGACGUGUCAGCAAGGGUUAACUUCAUCAGCUGUUCAUUCCUUGAUAUAACAGUAACUGGUAGAACAAAACGCCAGCGCAGCCGUGCCACAGAGACCGUCAGCGAGCAGGGUGCGGACUGUGGCUUUUCAUGUUGAAAUAUUCUUUAAUUUUCCAUUAGCUGGAAAACAAAAGUAUAAUUCAUCCCCAAAAAGCAAUCUGUCAGCAGUAAAAUAAAGUACUUCAUUAAAGUGAAUGUGUUUUUUUCAGAUAAAUUCUGCUAGAGGAACCAAUGUGAGCAUGGUCAUUUUUGCCACCUAAUAGAUUUCCAUAUUUGACCCCAACAGUAAUAGCAACAGUGCAGUGCCCUCUGGUGUCCACAAAUCUGCAUGACCAUGUUUUACAGGAAGUAACCACUUGUUGCUGCAUUAUAAAUCAUUAAGCCACUGUCAACCAAUCAAAACGGUAGAUUUCAGAACAUUCCAGCUACCAACUGACAACAAUUCUAAAGACAUGGAUAACUUGAUUACCAUUGUAUUUCCCUUUAAUUAAAACGUGAUUUAUAAUGUUAAUAUAUGCAGUUGACCCUGUUUCUUAUGGUGUUAGUGUAUUCUUGUUUUGCUGUUGCUUCAGGCUCUCCUAUUCAUCCCUCUCGAAGUCGGGUGUUCUCUCUGUUUCGCCACUCCUCUGAACAGCAGUGAUCUCUUCUUUGUAAACCUGGGUGAAUAUUGGUCAGUGUUCACUGCUUUUGUGUUUUGUGUUUGUAUCACAGUUGAAAUAAAUCCUAUUAUUUGGUGUGUACAUUCAUUGCUUUAGAAGAAGCUAAAACAAGUCGAGCACAGUGGGCUCAAUCAAUUCACAUUUUAGAAAAUUGAAAUCUGCAGUAAAAAAAGUAUUAUUCUAGUCUAAACACAAAAUGGGCCCCAUCAUACUUAAUAGUUCCAUGCAUUACACAUGUAUUCACGUUCCAGUCCUCAAAUGUGUAGUUUUAGAAAACAUGCAUUUUCAUUUUUAAACAUGAUAUCUUGAUUAAAGAAAUCUCUGUUUGCAGUCCAUGCUUUCUGAUAGCCUUGAACUUUCAUGACAACCUGGAGGGCGAAACUGUCCUCAUCCCUUCAGUGCUGCCUUUCCUGCCAUUAACCAACCAGCUACUUCCCCUCAUGACUGACAUGCUGUACAGCCAGUAAGAUGCUUUGGCACUGCUAGGAAGGCAAUGCAAGCAGACAGAACUUUCUUUAACUGAGUGUAGUACCAGAGAUCCUGUUUGAAAAUGAAAACACAGGUUUGGAGUAACAUUUGAGACCUUUGUGCUGUAGCGAAUGGAUGGGCACAACAGGUAAAAAAGAAUGUUAACACUGUUAAGCUACAAACACUUUUAUUUGGGAUUGUAUUUUAUAACACUGCAUAUAGGUACUGAGCCCUGCUGUGGAUGUGUUCCCCUACUGGCAAGAUGAUUGCAUUACAACGUGUGCAUAUCUAUAAUAUUCUAACCCCUGCACAUGCACAGCUCUGUUUUCCUAUUUGUUUCAUGGGUUCAACUUAAAGUUAAUCCGUUACCAGUUAAUAAAGACCUUGUACAUGAGUUUAUAGAACUUUAACUGCGACCGGAGAGUGGCUUUGAAACACACAGGCAGAGAAAACUGAGGCUGCAGAAGACGUUGAGCUCUCUGGAAGGAGAGACCAGGAGUUCAGUGAGGAAACAGGCAGGGGCAGGGGAGGGAUUUGGAGGGAGGGCAGCAGUGAGGUCUAGUGGUUAGAGUUCAGGGACAGAGGGGUUCUCUCCAGUCCACUUGAGUACUAGUCUGCUCUCUCGACCACUCUUGUCUAGACACUGGCUGCAUCACGCAGUCACAUGAUUUCAUAACACUGCAGGGAAAGAGAAGGAGUAACUGCCUGUUAUUGGACAAGGUAAUAGACACCUCCUUUUGUUUUGGAAAUUGAAUUCAUUAAGGUCAUGUAUAACCCUUCUAAAAGUUUAGCACUAAAUUAUCACGGUCAGUUUUCCCAUGUUUUUCACCAUGGUUGUACUAUGCUUUUUUUCCCACACUUUGACAUUUUUCUUUUCCUUUUUUUUUUUGCUUUACCUUAUGUAGAUAGUGCUUUACCUGUGCUUUAUUACACUCUGCUUUUACUAUGUUGCUCUUUUAAAAGGGAAGGGCUGAGAUGUUUGGGUUCAUUAGGAGACGUGUUGUGUGUUGGUGGCUGUAACUCAUUUAAACUGCCUGAAGAAGCUUUUUAAAAUCAAUCAGCAUUUCUCGGUUAUGUGUUUGCUUUUAUUUUUAUUUUUUGUACUUCAAAAAUGAUUUCUGUAAAUCAUCUGUAAUUUCUCUUUUUUGUAGAUUUUUUUUUUUUUUUUUGUGUGUAAGAGCUUGCCUUUGAAUGUAGGUAACAUACACAUGUAUUAUUUUGGUGACAGUGAAGGCUGGUACAAUAUUAAAUAAAACACCAGAAACGGUUGCAUGCAGAGUUCUUACCUGUGAUGACCUGGACAGAUUCCCCUUUGUUUUGUUUUAUUACCUGUUAACCAAAAUGUUUCCUCGUGUGCCACACUCCAUAAUCAUCAAAUAAAGACUAUUCCCACA